AUGUCUCGCCUGACCAACAGUAUUUCCAACUGGGUGAAAGAGACCAUCCUGGAACAGGCCCAUCCAAAGGCUCGCGGCACUGUCAUCGAAAAGUGGAUUCAAGUCGCGCAUCAAUUGUUCCAGCUGAGGAAUUUCGAUGGACUGCUCGCCGUUGUCUUCGCCCUGGGGGAUAGCUCCAUCUACCGAAUGAGAGAUACGUGGGACUCGCUUUCAACGCUCCAUCUCGAGUCUCUCCAUUCAUUACAAAUGGUGACGGAUCCGUCGCAGAAUCACAAGGCUCUCCGUGCCUUUACCGAAGGCGUUGCGAAACCAUGCCUCCCAUUUCUUGGCACCUACUUGACUGAACUGGUCUUUAUCAGUGAACGCUUUCAAGAGGAGAGCAGUGUUGGGUUGAAGGGGGAAGGAAGCGCAGUUUCGAGCACUCUCGAUCGCGUGGUGAAUUGGGAGAAAUAUGCACGAACCGCCGCCAUUAUUAAGAAGAUUCGAGAUUUUCAACAUCCUUUCCCCAUCGCUGAAGAUACAGAGGUGCAAGAAUUCAUCGGCGGUGAGCUCUUGCAGCUU